AUGUUGAGAUCAAGUGAAAGUCCAAACGAUGUGACAAUGCUAAGUGUUCUUCCUGCUUGUGCACAUCUUGGAGCCAUCGAUAUUGGAAGAUGGAUUCGUGUGUAUAUAGACAAGAAAUUAAAGGGUGUUGUUACAAAUGAUUCUUCUCUCCAGACAAGCCUCAUCAACAUGUAUGCUAAAUGUGGAGACAUAGAGGCAGCACACCGAGUAUUCAACAAUAUGUUCAAUAGAAGCUUGUCCUCUUGGAACGCAAUGAUAUUUGGGUUUGCGAUGCACGGGAGAGCCAAUGCAGCAUUUGAUAUGUUCUCAAGAAUGAGAAAGAUUGGGAUUGAACCAGACGAUAUCAUGUUUGUUGGUUUGUUGUCUGCUUGUAGCCAUUCCAUUCAGAUAUCAUCAACUGGAUGCGUCUUGUUCCUUAUCAUCUUCAUCUCUAUUACAAUUGUUUCAAGUUCACCAGGUCAUGGAGAAGUUGAGGACGAAACUGAGUUUAACUACGAGAAGGAAGGAGAUAAAGGGCCAUCGAAAUGGGGCACACUUAAGCCAGAGUGGGCAAUGUGUGGAAAAGGCAAAAUGCAAUCUCCGAUUGAGCUAUGGGACCAAAGAGUUUUACUUGAUCAUAAUCUUGGAUACCUUCGUAGCAACUAUUUACCUUCCAAUGCCACCUUAAAGAAUAGAGGCCAUGAUAUCAUGUUGAAAUUCGGAGGAAAUGCAGGAAGAGGUAUAACUAUAAAUGGUACUGAAUAUCAACUUCAACAACUUCAUUGGCACUCUCCUUCCGAACACACAAUCAACGGCAAAAGGUUUUUUCUUGAGGAACAUAUGGUUCAUGAGAGCAAAGAUGGACGUAUCACUGUUGUGGCUUUCUUUUACAAAUUGGGAAGACCUGACCCUUUUCUCUUUUCGAUGAAGACUGUGACAUUAAAACAAUUGRACCUGCUUCGCGUGUCGGUACACGAUGUGAGUGUCUCUAAUCUAUAA